CACCAUUCCAAUUCUAUUCAAGAUGAGAUGAACCCCAACUAUUUCAGAGACCCAACUCGAACGAGUUCACCCACCCUCCCCAACUCGGACAAGAUGAUGCAGGGCAUUAGGGAAACGGAGUCCACAACAACAGCAGAAUGGACAGACGAGAAACACAGCAUGUAUAUAAAGUCUAUAGAAGCAUCUUUUGUUAAUCAAUUAUAUGAUUCUAAGCAAAUGAGAGCUUCCUUUUCACCUAAAGGAACUUCCUACGAUCCUGCCACCACUUCCGGCCAGUUCAAGGUUCUUCGUGGUGGGCGUUGGCAAAAGAUCAAUUUUGAGAGAAUGAAUCCUCAAAUGAGUAGGAUUAACCAGUGUCAUGAUUUGACUGAAAAUCCAUGGAUUCAGCACUACCGUACUUCAAGCAAGCAUCAAAGCGUAGUAGCUCCAUCACUUCAAGAAAGUGUUACUAACACAACUGAAGUUAUUGAAUUAGGCCAAAGGAAAGGAAUUCCCUCUGGAUCAGGGCAUAUUCAUUUGUGUGAUUCUCAUGUCUACCAUAAUGAUAUGCUUUGUAGCGAUACAGAGAUGUCAGAUCAGAACUUUGUUGAUGAAGAAGUGAAAGGCAAAAAGGAAAAUAAAAAAAGCAAAGUGAAACGACAGAAACCUUCGGUAGCUGAUGCAAAAUUCAAUGACCAGAUUGUCCCUAACAGCAAAUCUUCUUCAGGUGGAAAUGUUGCGAAGAAUUAUGUUUCUGCUACUUAGAAUAUGAGGGGUUGUCAGAAAUAUGAUACGUUGUAACUUUUCUGAAUGCCACGUUCUUAGUUAGGUAUGUUUUGGGGUUUUGUAGAGUGGUUCGUGUUGGACAUUAAAAAAUGUGGGACAGUGUUCUUAGCUUCUGUUCAUGAUGUUUGUACAUACG